AUGUCUUCCAGACUCACGCGGUCCUCUGCGCGUAACGCCGCGAGCCAGGCCAAUUCUCCGGGAGAUCUCCCUUCUGGUCAACCUUCGGCUGGCCCGCCUGCCGAUUCCACUGCAUUAAAUCCAAGCGAAACGCCCUCGAGACCUCCUCAACCAUCAGCUAGAAAGAGAAAGGCGGGUACUCGACACGGCAACUCUCCUCAACCUUCCACAGGCGAGCCAUCAUCUUCUACUCGAAGGUCUAAGCGGCAGAAGGUUCCGGCUACCAACCCCGAAGGACCGCCUCCCCAGGCGACUCAAACACCGAACCUCCCACGCACACGGAAGGGAAAGGCAGUAGCAGCCAUGUCUAGUCCAUCUGGCUCGGAGCCUCAACCAUCCUCGGCCAUGCAAGAGCCUCCCACCACUUCAGCCACGUCGAGCCGGAAAUCGAGUCGUCACAAGAAAACUGGCCAACCAGCACCAGGUAAAAAUCGGCCACUUCGUGACAAAAGAAAUGCAUUGACUGACAAGUGGACUCGACUAGGCUCUACGACAGCUACAGCAGGCUCAUUUACCUCGGGUCGACGUUCAAAGCGGACAUCCAGCAACAAUGCGGCACCGUUAGACGAAGACACGAUCAUGACUGGGACCGAACAGCAGGGGAAGAGCACAGAAGAGCCCCCGCCCCCACCCCCGGCACAUGAUCCGGACGACGACAGCGAGGAUAAUGAAGACGAUGAUGACGACGAACCGCAUCGCCAUUACGACGACGACGACCCUUUCGGUGGAUUCGGUGGGCCUCCUGGUUCUGGACUGUCGACUACACUUAGACAACUGACUGGCAUGAUGUCAGGCCUCUCUUCACGGCUGCGCGAAAACCUGAACAACCUUCGACAGAAGGGAGACCCAUCGGUACAACUGAUAGCCUUGCAGGACCUGUCAGAGAUCCUCUUGGUAUCUAACGAGGACAACCUGUCCGGGCACUUUUCCCCCGACGCUUUCGUGAAGGAACUGGUGGUCUUGAUGCAGCCCAACGAAUUUACAGGCGAGGAGAGCCCUGAGAUAAUGCUUCUAGCCUGCCGAUGCCUGGCAAACUUGAUGGAAGCCCUCCCGGCCAGCGCUGCCAACGUCGUCUAUGGAGGAGCUGUUCCUGUUUUGUGCCAGAAGCUAUUGGAGAUCCAGUUUAUCGAUCUUGCCGAGCAAGCUCUAAGCACAUUGGAGAAAAUAUCCGUGGAAUAUCCCACCAGUAUUGUCCGAGAAGGUGGCUUAACCGCUUGCCUAUCUUACCUGGACUUUUUCGCUACGAGUACCCAACGAACAGCCGUCACCACCGCCGCAAACUGCUGUCGCAAUAUCCCGGAAGACUCUUUCAGCGUCAUCAAGGAUGUUAUGCCCAUUCUUCUGAACGUACUGGGAAGCAGUGACCAGCGGGUCGUGGAGCAAGCUUCCCUCUGCGUCACACGUAUCAUUGAGAGCUUUAAGUAUCAGUCGUCGAAACUGGAGCAACUCGUUAGUGUCGACCUCCUCAAGGCCAUCUUGCGGCUCUUGGUCCCCGGCACAACGAAUCUUAUCAGCGCCAAUAUCCACACGCAAUUUUUGCGGGUCUUGGCUAUCACCGCGAAAGCCAGCCCCUGUCUAUCAGCUGAGCUCUUCAAGUUGAAUGUCGUGGAGACACUGUAUCAGAUCCUGACUGGCGUCUCUCCUCCUAGUGAGACGGAAGAUGUCGCCUCGAAGCUUGACAGUGUGGUCAUCAUGCAAGCAUUAAUCCACCGACCUCGGGAGCAAAUCAUCGAGACUCUUAACGUCGUCUGCGAAUUGCUCCCUGGAAUGAAGUGCACAGAUCCUUCAGCACCACCUGUCGCCGCCGACGUUGAUCUUGCUGAGCCAAUCACUCCGUCGUCUCUUGGAUCUCGGAGGAAGUCAUCGUCGGAGAAGAGACUUGAACUCCUUGACGAGUGCAAGGACCAAGUGCGGAGAUUUGCACUGAUCCUGUUCCCCACCUUGACCGACGCAUUUUCUAGCACGGUGAACCUGAGCGUCCGCCAGAAAGUGCUAACUGCCCAGUUGAAGAUGCUUUCCAACCUGGAUAAGGACAUUCUCGUCGACGCACUGAAGUCCGUCCCAUACGCCUCCUUCUUGGCCGCUAUAUUGUCACAGCAGGAUCACCCGUCACUCGUCAUGUCUGCUAUCCAGAUAACGGAGCUCCUCCUGAGUCGUUUGGACGAAAUCUACCGGUACCAGAUCUACCGCGAAGGUGUGAUUAUAGAGAUAGCCAAACUGGCUGCUGAGUACCAGGAGCCCGAGAUCAAGGCAGCUGAGCCAGCUGCGGCAGAUGUGAACAUGGCAUCUGGUGACGCUAAAGCUGAAGCUGAAGCCGACAGAGUGUCGAUACACAAUGACUCUGAGGAUGAUGACGACGAUGAAGACCACGAAGAUGAUGACGAGAACGAGGACGACGAGGAUCAAGAAAACGACCAUCACGACGAUAUCUCCGGAUCACCCGCUAGCUCCGACGGAUCUACGAUGUCACUAGAUGGACCACCUCGUCUCUUCGUUGCAGACAUUCCUUCCAUGAAGUCUCGAAUCGCUGAGGCCGCAAAGAAGUUCGUGGAGACUCAUGAGACUGAAAAGCAUGGCAAGUCUAUGAAGAAGAAGGCUCUGAAGAUUCUUAACAACCUUCAAGCUCUUGCUUCCGACAUUGAGGCAUUCUACCUUCUACGGACGGCGAAGGACUUAAGUCCCAAGAACGGCAUCUCCCUCUUCGAGAGACUAUCGUCGUACUUCGAUGCUGACGUCCUGGAAAGUGUUACUAGCGCGGAGUUGCUUGCUUCCGGUCUGGUUCGUGUCCUAGAGGAGGUCUUCAGUAACCCUGAUGAGACGCUGGCGAAUUCUGCGAGGGCCUCGUUCCUCGAGGUAUUCAUGGGCCGGUCUGUCAGCUCGAGGCCAAAGACGGCAACUGCAGAUUCCCCGGCGACACCGUUCAGUAUUAUGGCCCACAAACUUCAGGACCUGCUGAGUCGUUCGGAGCAUUUCGAAGUCAUGACUGUUCACCAAAACGCCUUCGAUGGAAACCGCAGUAGUGCAGCAUCAAUGCUAGCCAAACAGAUUCGACUCAAGCUGGUAGCUGAUGAAGACUCAGAUAUUCCUAAGUCCUAUCGGAACAUCAUGGUAUCUAUUCAUGCAAUUGCUACUUUCAAAGCCUUGGAUGACUAUCUUAGACCCCGAAUCAGUCUGUACGAGCGGCCUCGUGGUGCAAGACCCCGAGACGGCCUGUCUAGAGCGCUAGCUGCAAUGGCUGGGUCAGCAGGGUUGCCACUCGCAGACCGUCUGGCUGACAGAUUUGGCUCGGGCUUCUCCUCCAGUCCGCCCGCACCGCCGCCUGUACCCGCUCAGGCUUCUAGUUCUCGCCCAACAAGAGGAUCGAAGUCAAAGCAGCCCGGUCAUACUGAAGCCCCCUCAACCCCGGGUCAGACAUCAGGGUCUGGCCGAGAGAAAGCCAUCCUUCGGAGGUCGACUCGUCGGCAGCCAGCGCCACCGAAUGAAACCCCAGCCCAUCUUCCUCCGCCGCCGGAAGACGAAGAUGACUUGCAGAACGCAUUGGAGUGUGCCGAUGAGAAGCAAAUGUCCGAUGACGACGAAGAAGCCGAACUUGGUGACAGCAGCGCUCUUGACGCCAUAGUCGGGGAGCUGGAUGAAGACAUGGAAGAUGCGCCUCGUCCAGAGCCAUCCGCCGUUAAUUUGGAAGUUGCUGCCGGCGGUAAAAUCACGGCUAGAAAGGAGGAUGGAACGCGAGUGCCCACUCCAGCCCAGACUGGUGCACUUAGCAAUCUGCCCAGUCGCAGUGCUCCUCCCCAACCUUCGGCGUUGCAACAAAGCACCCCGAUGCCGGCGCCCGCGACGGCAUCUCGGCCACUCUCGUAUGCUGCUGCUAUACAAUCUGUCCCGCAGGAUUGGCACAUCGAGUUCAACCUUGACACGCGAGUGAUCCCCAAUGAGACAACCAUAUACCGAGCUGUCCACAACACCACACCUCCAACUGAGGAGCAUUUGAGUCGCAGCGUGUGGUCUGCUGUGCACCCUGUCAAGUUCCGUCGUGUACCUGGGCCACCGCCUGCCGAGCCAAUUGGGUUUGCGCCGACCUCUGAUGGUUCCUCAGAUGUGAACGGCGUGCCCGCUUCACUUGCCAAUCACCCCACCACGGCGUCUAUACUCCGUCUGCUGAACAUCCUCCACGACAUGAACGCGCACAUUGACGACAUUAUGGUGGAGAACAAGACCACUUUGAAGCUAAAUGUGGAGCCGCUUUCGCAGUUCGUGAACACAAAGUUGACCGCGAAGCUCAACCGACAGCUUGAAGAGCCUCUGAUCGUCGCAAGCAACUGCUUGCCGAGCUGGAGCGAGGAUCUAGCACGACUGUACCCGUUCCUAUUCCCCUUCGAGACACGUCACUUGUUCCUCCAGUCGACAUCGUUUGGCUAUGCUCGUUCUAUGAGUCGAUGGCAGAAUGCCCACCAAGAGGAGACCUCGCGUCGUGACCGUCGUGACGAGCGUCCCUUCCUUGGUCGCCUUCAGCGACAGAAAGUGCGCAUCUCGCGAGCCAAGAUUCUUGAGUCUGCUUUGAAAGUGAUGGAACUUUACGGCAGCUCACAGAGCAUCUUGGAAGUCGAAUACUUCGAGGAGGUUGGAACAGGACUUGGACCCACCCUGGAGUUUUACUCCAAUGUCUCUAAGGAGUUCUCUAAGAAGAAACUCAAGCUUUGGCGAGAGAUGGAUUCUAAUGACUCAGAGGUGUUCAUUUCAGCUCCCAACGGGCUCUUCCCUCGCCCGCUCAGUGACGAUGAUCCGUCUGCAGCUAUCAUCUUGCAGCUUUUCAAGAUACUGGGCAAGUUCGUUGCCCGAUCUAUGAUCGACUCACGCAUCAUUGACCUCAACUUCAACUCUACCUUCUUCCGCAUUGGCGAGGACUCCUCUGCGGUAAAGCCAUCCCUUGGCGCCGUAAAGAUCGUGGACCCUGGUCUGGCGAACUCGCUCAAGCACAUCAAGAAGUUCGCUCUGGCAAAGAAGGCAAUCGACGAAGACCCGAAACGUACACCCGCACAGAAGGUUGCCGACACGGAGAAGAUCGUCAUCGAUGAGAUUAGACUUGAAGAUCUUGCUUUGGACUUCACGUUGCCUGGAUUCCCUGACAUUGAUCUCGUUCCCAAUGGAUCUCACGUUCAAGUUACUAUCGACAAUGUCGAGUCUUACCUUGAGAAGGUCGUUGACAUGACCUUGGGCCGUGGUGUCAGACGCCAGGUAGAUGCUUUCCGGGCCGGAUUCUCCCAAGUAUUCCCCUACUCUGCUCUGAGUGCUUUUACCCCCGAUGAGCUAGUCACCCUCUUUGGCCGCGUUGACGAGGAUUGGUCCCUUGAAACUCUCAUGGACUCCAUCAAGGCAGAUCAUGGAUUCAAUAUGGACAGCAAAAGCGUGAAGAAUCUGCUCCAGACCAUGAGCGAGCUCACACCAACACAACGCCGCGACUUCUUACAGUUCACUACGGGCAGCCCAAAGCUCCCAAUUGGAGGCUUCAAGAGCUUAACCCCGAUGUUCACUGUGGUCUGCAAGCCCAGCGAACCCCCUUACGCGUCCGACGACUACCUCCCAAGCGUUAUGACGUGUGUCAACUACCUGAAACUUCCCGAUUACACCAGUAUCGAUAGUAUGAAGCGUCAGCUUUUCACUGCUAUCAAGGAGGGCCAGGGUGCCUUCCAUUUGUCCUAA